AUGCCGAAAGGAGGAAAGAAAGGUGGCCAUAAAGGUCGCAUGAGAACUUACACAAGUCCUGAAGAAAUAGACGCUCAAAUGAAAGAAGAAAAAGAGCGAGAAAAGAAUGAAGAAGAAGAGGGUGCAGCAGUGAACGACAACCAGAGUGAGGACAAACUGACAGCAUCAGGUUCAGAGGACAGUGACGAUGAGGGCUCUCGGGUAAGAAGGGUGUUGAUAGAGAUUGAAAAUCCUAAUCGAGCGGCCCAAAAAACAAAGAAAGUCACAGACAUAGAACUCGAGGGUCCCAGACAGCUUUCCAGAAGGGAAAGAGAAGAGAUUGAAAAACAAAAGGCCAAGGAGAGGUAUAUGAAAAUGCAUUUAGUAGGAAAGACAGACCAAGCUAAAAAUGACCUUGCUCGACUCGCCAUUAUCAGAAAGCAACGUGAGGAGGCUGCACGGAAAAAAGAAGAGGAACGUAAAGCAAAAGAAGCAGCGGAGGCAGCAGCAGCAGCUAAAGGACUACAUACGUUGUCUCUCAAAUAAUCCAAAUAGUGGAUUCUUUAGAUGUUUUGAUGCAUUUGUGGACAGUAUUUGAUUAUAUUGACAAUGUUAUUUUUGAAGACAAAUCAAAAUAUAAUGUAGGAUGCUAUAACACAACGUUCCAUUGAAAAGGAAUAUUUCAGAGUAUAUUAAUCUAGAAAGCAGGCAUUUAAUUGUCCAAAUAAAAUGCCUUUGUGAGAGCCCUGAUGCUUCACUCUUAUAUCUUAAUGCUUGCUUUCACUUUGAUAUUAGGAAUAUAUAUUUAUUCAUAUAUUUACACAUUGCCACAUGUAACUGAGUCAACUUUGCUGUCUGAGUUUAAAUAAUUAUAGUAAGGACAACAAUUUUAUAAUCUGUCAUCAGUUGUAAAGGACCUGGUGUUAUUUAGAAUGAUGUUCUGAUGGUAUUCUCUUCUUCAAAUGAUGUAAAGAAUAACAUACACCAAUAAAAUGUCAGAACGUUUAUAUAUAUAUAUAUAUAUAGCUUAGUAGUAUUCUUUUAACUCUUCUGAGAAACUGUUUUGAUUGAGGUGU